UGGUGUGACAAGUUGCGUUGUAUAAAGUGCAUGGAGGGUAAAGGCGAAUUGAUUACGAUACAAGUGACCGAAUUAUUUCACCCCACGACAGAUCGAGGAUCAGGGUGAGUUUUUUUGGGCGAUCCGGUGAAGAGCGGACGAAUCUACGUUCCAGGUGAUCGUUGUAAGAGUGAGUAUAUUGCAUAACGAUCGAGUGCGUUACGAUUAACAUGUGGCCGCAGAGAGGACGGUGCUACCUCGAGGAAGACGUGCAGUGCUUCGGGUGUUGAGGAAGUCGAACGUCCGCUCUUGAGCAGCGAUGAGUUCGAAAUUCAUAAUCGAUAGUAUGCUACCCAAGUACCAUCAGCAAUUUCACCAUCAGCAAUUGUUCAGCUCGACAAACCCAGCGUCGGUCCAGGCCUGCACAGCGAGCCCAGCUUCAUCCAGCCUUGAAUCGAGUCUGUCUGCGGCAGCCGCAGCGGCCGCGGCCGUAAACUACGCACAGCACAACUCGCCAUCACCGACGGGCUCGAGUCCUCAGCACUCGGGGAGUUCAGCCUCCACAUCACCAGCGGCUCGUAGCAGUUCCGCAAUGUAUCCUUACGUCAGCGCGGCCGCUGCCCACCACCACCAUCAGCAGCAGCAGGCCGUAGCGGCCGCCGCUUUUGGGGCCACCUCCUCCAUGGUACCUGGGUUUGGCUCGUCGGCGGCGUCGAGCGCCGCCCUGGCCGCGGCUGCGGCCGUUGACGCGGCGACGGCCGGCGACAAGUCGUGCAGGUACACGGCUAGCCUGGCCGGAAACGUCGCACCGUCGGCCGGCGACCCAAUGGUCAAUUACACCCUCGGUCACCACCACCAGAACGGCGGGACACCCGGAAGCCUGGUCUCCUCGGCAUCCGCCUCGUCGGCGGUUUCCGCAGCCUCCGCAUCCAUGGCGGCUGCGGCCCAGUUCUACCACCAGGCCGCGGCGGCUUCCGCCGUCGUCGAUCCUCUCGCCUCGUGCCAGCAGCCCACCACAGGACAGCCCGGCAUACCGGACAUUCCACGAUAUCCAUGGAUGUCCAUUACCGAUUGGAUGAGCCCCUUUGACAGAGUCGUGUGUGGUGAGUAUAUAGGUCCGAACGGGUGUCCGCGACGUAGAGGGCGACAGACCUACACGCGGUUCCAGACGCUGGAGCUCGAGAAGGAGUUCCACUUCAACCACUACCUGACGAGGAGGCGGCGGAUCGAGAUCGCGCACGCGCUCUGUCUUACCGAGAGGCAGAUCAAGAUAUGGUUCCAGAACCGGCGAAUGAAACUCAAGAAGGAACUGCGAGCCGUGAAGGAGAUAAACGAGCAGGCGAGGCGCGAACGGGAGGAACAGGACAGGAUGAAGCAGCAGCAGCAGGAGAAGCAGGCGAAGAUGCAGCAGGAGCAGCAGAACGCUCUUCAGCAUCAGCAGCACCACGUCACCGGCCUCGAUAAGGCCCAAAGCGACCUGCUCAAGGCGGUCAGCAAGGUACCGACAUAGGACGAGAUCGCGACACCGAACGCCGCCCCGAGUCUUCACCGACAGUUAUUAUCAUUUUAUCGUUUUCACGCGUACGACGUCCACGAAUGAACAGCUCAGGGUACGUCGUAUGUACGUUAGACACGUUACACUGCAGAGAUGUGUCUACCGUGUCUGGCCGAAUACGAGCAUCCCACGUCGCCUACGAAGACGACGGCGACGACGACUAAGACGACGAUUAUGAUAAUGAGUGAAACUUUACACCCACAACUACGUACUUACCUGGCCGGUCCUGAAUCGCUAACAGCACCGCACGCGAAUUAGCACACGCGCGU